GGCAGAGUGUGAGCGAGCACAGAUGCUGCUGCUUGUGGAUGGAGAAUGUGUUGGUUUUGGCUUUGCUUCCUGUGCAACAAGAAUUCCCUUACUAAGGUUUGACCUCUGCGUCCUGUCACAUUGGCGCCACAUCUCCUCUGGUAAGAGCUGUUCAUUAUUUGCUGCUGGAGACUGAGCAGAUUGCUGUAAGCGAUCCUUAUUUUGGCUUAUAUCCUGUUUACCGUGUGUGCAGAGAUACAUAGAACGACAAAGGGAAGGGAGGAGGGUGGUACAGGCAGAGGAUAUCAUGUGUGUGUUAUAACUGAGGAAAAGGAGCAGACAGAGUUGAAGAAAAGACAGAACCUACAGACAUCAAUCCUUUUUUUGGCCAGAAUCUACAACAAAGACAAAGAGGCAAAGCCUCUGAAUCUGAGACUAAGGCAUUCAGGCUUGAGAUUCCUCGGAUUCCAUGUGCGACUGGCAUCACGUCGAGGGUGAAUAGGAUGUCGGUGUCUGGAAAAAAGGAGUUUGACGUAAAGCAGAUCCUCAGGCUCCGUUGGCGCUGGUUCAGUCAUAGCACCCAGACCACAGGUGGGAAUGGGGGCUAUAUCCAACAGGAAGGUUUCGACCACCGGGGAACACCAGUUCGGUUAAAGAGUCACUCCCGGGACAGAGGAGGACUCCGCAAGAGCAACAGCCCAAUGCACAGCAUUCUGGCUCCGAACCCUGGGCCCACACCUGUUUAUGUUAGGCCUGGCAAUCAAUCAUGGCACCAGCAGCAAAACAUCUUCCAGAACAUCCAUACCAGUGAGGAGCUUCCUAAGAGCAAUUCACCUUGCAGUUCCAGGAAAGAGGAGGCGAAGAGCAGCCAUGAGGAUCAGAAGAGCAAUCCAGAGGAUCCCUGUGAGGAGGAAGCCACAGAAAGUUUUGCUUUGAGCAGUUUCUCCAGGAUGAGCUCCAAUUGCUCAGAUGAGUUUUUCCAGGCCACAAAUCAUGCAGAACAGACUUUUCGAAAGAUGGAGACUUACCUUCAGCACAAGCAGCUGUGUGAUGUACUUUUGAUAGCCGGAGAUCACAAGAUCCCCGCGCACAGACUUGUUCUGAGUGCAGUGUCAGACUACUUUGCUGCCAUGUUCACCAAUGAUGUGAGGGAGGCAAAACAAGAGGAAAUUAAAAUGGAGGGUGUUGAUCCUGAGGCAUUGAGAGCACUGGUACAGUUUGCAUAUACCGGAGUCCUGGAGCUAAAAGAGGAGACAAUUGAAUGUCUUUUAGCUGCUGCUUGUCUUCUCCAGCUCUCACAAGUCAUUCAAGUUUGCUGCAACUUUCUGAUGAAACAACUGCACCCAUCCAACUGCUUGGGGAUCCGUUCAUUUGCUGAUGCUCAGGGAUGCAUGGAUCUUCUAAACGUCGCUCACAACUACACUAUGGGACACUUUCUAGAAGUCAUUCAGAAUCAGGAAUUCCUCUUGCUACCCACAACGGAAAUUGUCAAGCUUUUGUCCAGUGAUGACAUCAACGUUCCUGAUGAAGAAACUAUUUUCCAAGCACUAAUGAUGUGGGUUCGCUAUGAUGUGCCGCACCGGCAACAGGAUCUGGGAGUGUUGCUGGCAUACAUCCGACUCCCCCUUUUACCUCCACAGCUUCUUGUUGAUCUGGAAAACAAUAAGAUGUUUUCAGAAGACCUAGAAUGCCAGAAGCUCCUAAUGGAAGCCAUGAAGUAUCAUCUUUUACCAGAACGCCGUCCCAUGCUACAGAGCCCAAGAACUAAACCACGGAAAUCCACUGUUGGAUCUCUGUAUGCUGUAGGGGGGAUGGAUGCAUCAAAAGGAUCCACAACAAUAGAGAAAUAUGACCUUCGCACAAACAGAUGGAAUCAGGUUGGCAUCAUGAAUGGACGAAGACUUCAGUUUGGAGUGGCAGUGAUCGAUAACAAACUCUAUGUGGUUGGGGGAAGGGAUGGCCUCAAGACCUCGAACAUGGUGGAGUGCUACAACCCACUGACUAAAGUCUGGUCCUCCAUGCCUCCAAUGUCAACCCACAGACAUGGAUUAGGAAUUGCCGUGCUAGAGGGCCCCAUGUAUGCAGUGGGAGGCCAUGACGGAUGGAGCUAUCUGAACACAGUGGAAAGGUGGGACCCCCAGGCGAGGCAGUGGAAUUAUGUGGCCUGUAUGUCCACCCCGCGCAGCACUGUUGGAGUCACUGCUCUCCAUGGAAAGUUGUUUGCUGUAGGUGGUCGUGAUGGAAGCUCCUGUCUGCGAUCAAUGGAAUGUUUUGAUCCUCACACCAAUAAAUGGAGCAUGUGUGCAGCAAUGUCAAAGAGCAGAGGAGGAGUGGGUGUGGCCACAUACAACAGUUUCUUGUAUGCAGUCGGAGGCCAUGAUGCACCAGCUUCAAGCCAUUGCUCACGCCUCUCUGACUGUGUGGAGAGGUAUGACCCCAAAACAGACACAUGGACCACAGUGUCAUCCCUGAGCGUCCCCCGAGAUGCAGUGGGGGUGUGUCUGCUGGGAGACAGGUUAUAUGCAGUUGGAGGGUAUGACGGCCAGACCUACUUAAAUAGUGUCGAGUCCUAUGAUGCACAGAACAAUGAAUGGACUGAGGAGGUCCCGCUAAACAUUGGGAGGGCCGGGGCAUGUGUAGUGGUCGUGAAAAUGCCUUGAAAGCUCUGAUUCCCUGAGCUGUGCUCUCAUAGCACUCACAGCAGGGCAAAAAGAGGCCUGUGAUGUCAACACUUGGAAUGCUCUUUCAAUAGCAAAUACAAAUAGUUAAUAAAAGCUGAUGUCAACAUUGGAAUCAUUCAUUUAGACAGUGGUGUGCUGUUCAUUCUGUUUUUGCUCUGAUAUCUCACUACUACAGAUUAGAAGUUAUAAAAAAAGAAAUAAAAAUAAUGCUUAAGAUUUUUAACUGUAGUAGAAUGAUAUGAUAUUUUCACAUUUUAUAUUGAGAGAAGAGUUUCACAUUUAUCCAAAUAUACAUUUUACUGAAAUAGAAUUUACUGAGAAUUCUAUUAUUUAUAUAUUGUUAACAUCAUGCAUUUUGACAUGCUUACUUGUGAAAUGUCGUGUCAAAUAUAUUUUGAUCUUAGAUAAACAAUCUUAAAAAAACACUGUGAAUACUUCCAGAUGUAAGCUUGCAACAAAACACUGUGUUUGUUUACUCAAAAUGUUUGUGGACACUCAUGAACAAUUUUCAUCUGAAUAUACAUUUUGUCUGAGACUAGGUUCAGCACGAAACUACUUGUAAGAAAGUUGUCUCUGAAAGUACAAGAAAAACAAAUAAAGAAAAAAAAAACACCAAAGUAAUUAGCACUUGUUUGUAACUAAUGACUUUUAAUGUUAAUAAUGUUUACAAUAGAAAAUAUUCUAAUAUAUCAUAUUGAUAUUUCUCCAUUAUGUAAAGGUUUUGUAAUAUGUAUUGUAUAUAGUUACUGGUCCAAUGUAAUUUAUGAUCAUACAUUUUUGGCAUGCUACUACAAUAGAUUUGAAUGCCAUUGUUUAAUAUUUUAACCAUGUUGUCAAUAUCAGACCUGAUGACGUUUGUCUUAUAUAAAUUCCUAAAAUUUAUAUAAUUUAUUUUAAAUUUUUACAAUAACAUAAAUUAUUUAUUGAAGAGACUCAUCACCUGUCCGACUUAACUAGAAUGUAACAUGCUCAUCAAUAAUAAGUUUACUAGUGUGACAUUUGUAAUACAGAAAUGAUUUCUCUAAAACAGUAAAAAUGUUCAUUGUUUUAUAUGGCAUG